GACGUGAAGCCCGUGGUGUCCACCACGCCGCUCGUGGACUUCCUGAUGCAGCUGGAGGACUACACACCCACGAUCCCGGACGCCGUGACGGGGUAUUACCUGAACCGGGCGGGGUUCGAGGCUUCGGACCCCCGCAUCAUCCGCCUGAUCUCGCUGGCAGCGCAGAAGUUCAUCUCCGACAUCGCCAACGACGCCUUGCAGCACUGCAAGAUGAAGGGCACGGCCUCGGGAAGCUCCCGCAGCAAGAGCAAGGACAAGAAGUACACCCUGACCAUGGAGGACCUGACGCCGGCGCUGGCCGAGUACGGCAUCAAUGUGAAGAAGCCACAUUACUUCACGUAGGGCCUGGGGGGCUCAGGCAGUUUGUAGGGGCUGUGUUGGUGCCAUUAAACACCCAGGAGGGUUUUGUGGGAAGGCA